CAGCACCUGUGUUUUUUUUCCUCAUGCGUGUGAGCGCGUGUCCAAAACAAAUGGGACUUGGGGCGUAACCUCGCGAUACCCUCCCCUCUCUCCCUCGCUCUCUCCCGUGUGUAUGUGUGUGCGCGCAGGGGCUGUCGCGGGUUUGUCGGCUCUUCUUCAGAUCUUCAGUUGCAGCAGCAGAAAACAACAAACUUCACACUUUUUUUUCGCCUCCGCGUUUUUCCGUUUUUUAACCGAAACAAAACAAACAAAGAAAAGUAAACAACAACAAUAUCAAAGCAGCCGCAGCCGCGAGGACUAUUGAUUUAAAAAUCUGAUUUAAUUAGUUUAAUUUGUGGAGGCGCGCGCGUGUCUGUGUUCACACCUGAACACGGUGGUGGUGGUGGUGGUGAUGAUGAUGAUGAUGAUGAAGACUGAAGCUCAGUGAAGCUCAGUGAACUGAAGGAGGAGGAGGUGGAGCAGCGCGAGCUCCGUGUUUCCCGGGAUUAACAGCGGCUCGUGAGUGGCGCGGACGCCGCGUGUCACGCUCUGAGCAACGGCUGAAGUUUGGAGCAGAUGCGCGAGGAAGCGCAGUGAAGACGCCGCUGCGCGCGCUCUCUGUCCGGCUGCCACUCCGCUGCUUCUUCAUCAUCUUCAUCUUCAGUGUUUGGAUUAAAAACUGACUUCAUCUUCUUCCUCCUCUUCCUCCUCUCGUGGUCUCUGUGGGGGAUUUUCCGUCAGUUUACCGGGAGUUUCUCCGCUCAUGGAUCCGCCGCUGCGCGCUUCUUCUCCGGAUGGAAUUUAGCGGCAGAGAGAGCGCGCGGACACGCGGCAGCAGCGACGGCGCGAGGAUGGUGUGAAGACGGACAGAGAGAAGAGAGAGAAGAGAGAGAGAGUUUCAUAUCUGGUGUACCGGUCCAGUCAGCAGCAGGAUCAGGAUGAGAAGAUGGCUGGCUUUGUGUUUCCAAUGGGACCAGAGAGCUUUCAGCGCUUCACGCCGGACUCCCUGGAGGCCAUCGAGCAGCGAAUCGUCCAGGAGAAGACGAGACGCAGCAAACACUACCAGGAGGACCUGGGUGACGUGCAGAUCCUUCGGCCUCGGCCCGACCUGGAGGCAGGAAAACAGCUGCCACGCAUCUUUGCCGACAUCCCAUCUCACCUGGUGGGCGUUCCUCUGGAAGACAUCGACCCGUACUACUUCAAAGACCACAGGACCUUCAUAGUCCUGAACAAAGGGAAGGCCAUCUUCCGUUUCAGUGCCACGUCUGCUCUUUACUUCUUCAGUCCCUUCCAUCCUGUCCGCAGAAUCGCCAUCAAGAUCCUGGUCCACUCGUUAUUCAGUUUGUUCAUCAUGUGCACAAUCCUGACCAACUGCUGCUUCAUGGCCAUGUCCGAGCCGGCGUACUGGGCCAAAUACCUGGAGUACACCUUCACAGGCAUCUACACGUUUGAGUCGCUCAUUAAGAUCCUGGCGAGAGGUUUCUGUGUAGGACCCUUCACUUUCCUGAGGGACCCGUGGAACUGGCUGGACUUCAGUGUCAUCGUCAUGGGUGAAUAUGUGACUGAGUUUGUGGACCUGGGUAAUGUGUCAGCCUUAAGGACGUUCAGGGUGCUGCGAGCGCUCAAAACCAUCUCUGUCAUCCCAGGCCUGAAGACCAUCGUGGGCGCUCUGAUCCAGUCCGUGAAGAAGUUGGCAGACGUGAUGAUCCUCACCGUCUUCUGUCUCAGCGUCUUCGCCCUCAUCGGCCUCCAGCUCUUCAUGGGAAACCUGCGGCAGAAGUGUGUGCGCAGCACGUCGCACUGUGUCAACGACAGUCUGCCGGCGAACGUCUCCUUCUACUGCAACAACAAGACGUGGGCGUCCAUGAAGGACUUUGUCAACGAUGAGGAAAACUUCUUCAAAGUGGAGGGAGCCAAGGACGCUUUAAUCUGCGGCAACAGCAGCGACGCAGGGAAGUGUCCAGACGGCUUUGAGUGUCUAAAAGCAGGAAGGAACCCUAACUACGGCUACACUAGCUUCGACACGUUCGGCUGGGCCUUCCUGUCCCUGUUCCGCCUGAUGACGCAAGACUACUGGGAGAACCUUUACCACCAGACGCUGCGUUCUGCCGGUAAAACCUACAUGGUCUUCUUCGUGGUUGUGAUCUUCCUGGGCUCCUUCUACCUGGUCAACCUGAUCCUGGCCGUGGUCGCCAUGGCGUACGAGGAGCAGAACCAGGCCACCAUCGCGGAGGCGUGUCAGAAGGAGCGCGAGUUCCAGCAGGCCAUGGAGCUUCUGAAGAAAGAGCAGCAGGUUGCCGCAAACAAAACCCUGGACUCAGACUCGUUGAUGUCACCAGACCUCUCGCCCUUCGGCCCGCCAUUGGACAGCUCGGAGGAGCGGAGGCGGAGUCAAGCUUUGGUGGGCGUGGCCGACGUGGAAGUGAACCUAUCUGAGGAGAAGCUGCUGCAGGUGGACAUGAUGGAUGGAGGAAAGUCCCUCCACCCCCUCCUCGCCCGCUCCUUCUCCACCAGGACGCGGCGCAGCAGUCAGGUGUCCUCCAUCUUUAACUUCCGCCUCAGGAGCCGGGGUUCAGAUGGAGAGAUGGCUGACGAUGAGUACAGCAUCCCGGGCGAUGUGUUGGAGGGCGGAGGAGGACGGACCUACAGCGGCGGCACGUUCAGCGGCAUCCUGCCGUAUCCAUGGCCCAAACGCAGGUCGAGCUCCUACAGCACGGCGAGCAGGGGCUCACAGGUGUUUUAUCCGACUCUGAACAUCAACGGGAAACUGUUUGUCACCAUGGACCAGAACGGGGUCUCUUCCCCACCACUGCAGGGGCAGCUGCCUGCCUGCACCAUGGAGAAGGUCAAGGAGGAAAGUGUUCCCACGUCGACCACAGAGCUCAGCACCAUGUUGUUACCACGGCCUUUGUCCACUCAGGGCUCGGAGCGCAGAGGGAGAGCGCUCAGCGCCGCCAGCUACCUCACUGACGCUAUGGAAGAGCUGGAGGAGGCUCAUAAGCGGUGCCACCCGUGCUGGUACGCCUUCGCCCAGCGUUACCUGGUGUGGGAGUGCUGCCCCCGGUGGCUGAGGCUGAAACAGCUGGUGAACAUCAUGGUGAUGGACCCGUUCCUGGACCUGGCCAUCACCAUCUGCAUCGUCCUCAACACGCUCUUCAUGGCCAUGGAACACUAUCCUAUGACCGAGGAGUUCAACAGCAUGCUGGGCAUCGGCAACCUGGUCUUCUCAGGGAUCUUCACAGCAGAGAUGGUGCUGAAGGUCAUUGCUCUGGAUCCGUACUAUUACUUCCAAACGGGAUGGAACAUCUUUGACAGCAUCAUCGUCUGCCUCAGUCUCAUGGAGCUCGGACUGUCUGACGUGGAGGGUCUCAGUGUGCUGCGCUCCUUCAGACUGCUGCGUGUUUUUAAGCUAGCUCGCUCAUGGCCGACCCUCAACACCCUCAUCAAGAUCAUCGGGAACUCCAUGGGCGCUCUGGGAAACCUGACGCUCGUCCUCGCCAUCAUUGUCUUCAUCUUCGCCGUGGUCGGGAUGCAGCUGUUCGGGAAAAACUACCAGGACUGCGUGUGUAAGAUCUCCAAGGACUGCACGAUGCCUCGCUGGCACAUGAAGGACUUCUUCCACUCGUUCCUCAUCGUCUUCAGGGUUCUGUGCGGUGAGUGGAUCGAGACCAUGUGGGACUGCAUGGAGGUGGCCGGUCAGCCGCUCUGCAUCCUCGUCUUCAUGCUCGUCAUGGUCAUUGGGAACCUGGUGCUGUUGAACCUCUUCCUCGCUCUGCUCCUCAGCAGCUUCAGCUCCGACAAUCUUUCCGCUCCAGACGACGAUGGCGAGAUGAACAACCUUCAUAUCGCAAUCCACAGGAUCACCAGAGGCCUGGGCUGGUGCCGGCAACAGGUGGUGGAUUUCUUCAACGGGAACCUGAAGCGUCGGCGUCAGAAGAGGAAAGAGGCCAAAGCCAUGAUGAAGCUGAAACGUCUGAGUUCAAUCCACACGGAGGUUAACGGAGCUGUGAUAGGACGUCAUGUUGAGAAGUACGUGGUCCCAGAGGACGACAGCUACAUGACGAACCCUAACCUCACCAUCAGUGUCCCCAUCGCUCCUGGAGAGUCAGACGUGGAGUUUCCAGAGGAAGAAGAGGAAGAGGAGGAAGAGGAGGGGGAGGAGGAGGAGGAAGAAGAAGAAGAGGAGCAGAGCGGGGGGGAGGAGGAAGAGGAGGAGAGGGAGGAGCAGAAAGACGACAUCAGCCUAUCGGAGGGCAGUACGGUGGACCUCAGGAAACCGGGAGAAGAAGAGGACGAGUACUCUGAGAUGGCAGAAGAGGCCAUGGACCCGGAUAACUGUUUCCCCGACUUUUGCACAUCCAGGUUUCGUUGUUGCAACAUCGAUACGACGUCAGGACUCGGUCAGAUUUGGUGGCGAUUGAGAAAAACGUGUUAUCAGAUCGUUGAACACAGCUGGUUUGAAUCUUUCAUCAUCUUCAUGAUUCUCCUCAGCUCUGGAGCUCUGGCCUUUGAGGACAUCUACAUCGAGCAGCGUCGCGUGGUCAAAAUCGUGCUGGAAUUCGCAGACAAGAUCUUCACGUACAUCUUCAUUCUGGAGAUGAUUCUCAAGUGGCUCGCGUACGGAUUCAAGAAAUACUUUACGAACUACUGGUGCUGGCUGGACUUCCUCAUCGUAGACGUGUCCCUGGUCAGUCUGGUCGCUAACACGCUCGGUUAUUCCGACUUUGCAGCCAUCAAAUCCCUGCGGACGCUGCGAGCGCUGCGGCCCCUCAGAGCCCUCUCCAGAUUUGAAGGCAUGAGGGUGGUGGUGAACGCUCUGAUCGGAGCGAUCCCGUCCAUCAUGAACGUGCUGCUCGUCUGCCUCAUCUUCUGGCUCAUCUUCAGCAUCAUGGGCGUGAACCUGUUCGCAGGGAAGUUCGGCCGCUGCGUGAACCGCACGGGUCACAUGCUCGAGUCGUCCUUCAUCAACAACAAGAGUGAGUGCGAGGCGUUCAACAACGCGUCACGCUUCUACUGGACCAAGGUCAAGGUCAACUUUGACAACGUGGGCGCCGGAUACCUGGCUCUGCUGCAGGUGGCAACGUUCAAAGGAUGGAUGGAGAUCAUGUACGCGGCCGUGGACUCCAGAGCUGUGGAGGAGCAGCCGAUUAAGGAGAUCAACCUGUACAUGUACUUGUACUUUGUCAUCUUCAUAAUCUUCGGCUCCUUCUUUACACUCAACCUCUUCAUCGGCGUCAUCAUCGACAACUUCAACCAGCAGAAACGAAAGAUAAGAGGACAGGACAUCUUCAUGACUGAGGAACAGAAGAAAUAUUACAACGCCAUGAAGAAACUGGGCUCCAAGAAACCUCAGAAGCCAAUUCCUCGACCUCUGAACGCGGUGCAGGGCUUCUUCUUCGACCUGGUGGGGAAGCAGGCGUUCGACAUCAUCAUCAUGGUCCUGAUCCUCCUCAACAUGAUCACCAUGAUGGUGGAGACGGACGAGCAGCCGCGGCAGAUGGAGUACAUCCUCAACAAUGUCAACCUGGUCUUCAUCAUCGUCUUCACCUGCGAGUGCCUCCUGAAGAUCGUGGCGCUGCGCUGCUACUUCUUCACUGUCGGCUGGAACAUCUUCGACUUCGUGGUCGUCAUCCUCUCCAUCGUCGGUAUCGUCCUCGCUGACAUCAUUGAGAAGUACUUUGUGUCACCAACUCUGUUCCGUGUGAUCCGACUGGCCCGUAUCGGACGUGUCCUUCGUCUCAUCAGAGGUGCCAAAGGCAUCCGGACCUUGCUGUUUGCCCUCAUGAUGUCGCUCCCCGCUCUAUUCAACAUCGGGCUGCUCCUGUUCCUCGUCAUGUUCAUCUACGCCAUCUUCGGCAUGGCCAACUUCGCCUACGUGAAGCGGCAGGCGGGGAUCGAUGACAUGUUUAACUUUGAGACGUUCGGGAACAGUAUGAUCUGUUUGUUCCAGAUCACCACGUCCGCCGGAUGGGACAGCCUGCUAAGCCCCAUCCUCAACAAUUCUCCUGAGGAGUGCGACGCCAACAUGCCCCACACCGGCACCACUGUCAAAGGGAACUGCGGGAACCCGUCGGUGGGCAUCACUUUCUUCGUCACUUACAUUAUCAUCUCCUUCCUCAUCGUGGUCAACAUGUACAUCGCCAUUAUCCUGGAGAACUUCAGUGUGGCCACGGAGGAGAGCACGGAGCCACUGACCGAGGACGACUUUGAGAUGUUCUACGAGGUUUGGGAGAAAUUUGAUCCCGAGGCGACGCAGUUCAUCGAGUACUCCAAACUGUCCGACUUUGCCGACACGCUGUCGGAGCCGCUACGCAUUGCCAAGCCGAACAAGAUCAAGCUGAUCACCAUGGACCUUCCCAUGGUCAGCGGGGACAAGAUCCACUGCCUGGACAUCCUCUUUGCCUUCACCAAGCGGGUUCUGGGCGAAUCGGGUGAGAUGGACGCCCUCAAGCAGCAGAUGGAGGAGAAGUUCAUGAUGGCCAACCCGUCCAAGAUCUCCUAUGAGCCGAUCACGACGACUCUGCGGCGCAAACAGGAAGACGUGUCAGCCAUGGUGAUCCAGAGGUGUUACCGCAGACACUUGAUCAGGCGGCAGCUGAAGGCCGCCUCCUACAUGUAUCGCCAGAUCGCGACACCUCGGCACACGGGAGAAGAGGGUGAGGAAGGUGGUGAGGGAUUAUUCGGGGAGGAACCCCCCGAGAAAGAAGGGCUGAUUGCCACCAUGAUGAGGGAAAACUACGGCACCAAUUUUUUAACGAUUGGAAACACUGAGACAAUUUCGUCCACCUCAUCGCCACCUUCGUAUGACAGCGUGACGCGAGCCACGUCUGACAUAUUUCAAUCGCUCACCGGCAACACAGAAACGGUCAACGUUGACGCGGCGGGCAGCGAACAAUCACCGUCGGUGCUCAAACCUGACGGACGGCAGGAGGCGGUACCGUAACGGGAACCGCCGAAGAAGCAAAAAAAAAAAAAUUAACAAACGAGGAUUUUCUCGUUUUGGUUUAAGCCUAUUUGUUCUUUUGUUUACUGAAUGUACUAAUGCUGGAGCCGCGCGGAAGCUAUGAGCGAGUGAAAGGGCAAGCAGAGAGGAAUAUUUAGCACCUUUAACGUUUAUUUCCUGUUUCCGCUGGAGAUUCCUGGACUCAACUCAACAGCGAGUUUCUUAAAAAGGGAAGCUGGACAGACCGGGGACGCCCGUCUGUCCGGUCAAAUCUGCCUUUUAUUCUGGUUUAAAGACAAGAGUGUAGAAGAGGACGCGCCUCGGGAUCCGUUUGACCACCGCGGUCGUGUUUGGACCUUUGACCUCCGGAAAAACAAGUUUAUCACAGAUGUAUCCAUCGAUUAUUGGACCCGAGGGAGUUUGUGCCUUCCCACAGACGAUCAAUCCGCUCAGAUUAUGCCUGGUUGUCAGAGUCACAAUGUUUCUCGCGGUGUUAGCGGUUGACGUGUUACUGACCGGGACAGGAGGGGAAACCAUGAUGAACACGGAUUUAAGGGGGAAAAAAAAGUUUUCGUAGUAAAAAAAGUAUAACUUUGUUGAUGUUACCAGUCUUUUAAUAGCGGUACGAUUAUUACAAUUUUUUAUAUUUUUAGAGUAAGUUGAAGAAAAAAAAAUAAGCGGUCUACGAAAAAUAGACAAGAGGAGAGAGUGCAGUCCAAAAAAAAUUAAAUACCUGAAAGAGCAA